UUUAAGCAAAUUAUUUAAAUGACAAUACUAAUUACGAAUUAUUGUUAACUAUGCGGAAUCUACAUAUUUUACGUAAAGAAACUCCUACGCUGGCGCAUAUUUAAUAUUUUCUCUGCUAGAAUAUGACACAGGCAAUUUUUUUUAGUAGUAUUUAAGCAUGAAUAGAUGUGAAGCUGCAAGGUUAGCGAUAAUAGUGUCGAAUAUAUUGUUAUUGUUUACUCCUGUUUAUUUCUCUUUAAUAACAAAAAAUAUUUCAACUGAAGAUCGUGGAACAUUGGUAGCAGUUGUUGUUAUGUACAGGCAUGGGGACAGAGCGCCCCUUAUUUCAUUUCCACGUGACGAAUAUUACAAUUUGACAUACUGGCCCAUGGGUUUUGGACAACUGACAAAGUAUGGUGUUACAAGACUUUACAAUCUUGGCAAAUGGUUUCGUGAACGGUACAAGAAUUUCCUCAGUGAAACGUACUCUCCAAACGAGAUUUACAUUCAUUCUUCCAACAUAGACCGGUGUUUGAUGUCGGCAAGUGCAGCUCUGGCAGGUCUUUAUCCACCAACAGGUUUUCAAUUUUGGAAUCCUCAGUUAUCUUGGCAACCGAUUCCUGUUCACACUGACAACAAAAAUCACGAUGAGAUCAUUACUGAAAGGCGAAAAUGCAAAAAGUACGAAGAUAUUGUUCUAACUCUCCAGGAAGCAACAUAUCCGUCUUACGAACGUAAUUAUACAGAACUCUUCCAAUUUGUUUCUAAUAAAACAGGGUGGACAGUCUCACUUUAUGAAAUAAAGACACUUUAUAGCGUUUUAAAUUCUUACAAUUCCUACAAUAGCUCGUUUGUUCCCAAAUGGAUUGAAAACAUAAAUUUAGAUAUUGUCGAAACAUUAGCAGCUGUUGUUUACGGAUUACCUAGUUCCACUAUCGAACUAGCCAGACUUCGCAUUGGUCCUUUCUACAAAUACAUGUUUGACCUAUUUGAUACUUUCGUCAACUCAUCUUCAUCCAACAUGCCAAAAUUUAUUAUGAUAUCGGCACACGACACAACAGUGUGUUCUGCGUUAGGAGCAAUGAGAGCAUUCAGGAACCCAGUGAAAUUCGGAGACACUUUAAUUUGGGAACUCAGAAAAUACGAAGAUGGAAACUUUUAUAUUAACGUUAAUUAUAAAACAGAAGAGAAAAUAAAUAGAAUCAAUGUAAUUAACUGUGGCUUUGACUGUGAUUACUCUAUAUUUAAACAAAAUUUAUCGAGUAUCACAGUAAACUAUGAAGAGUGGAAUAUUGAAUGUAACAACUAAAAUAAAGUAUUCUUUUAACAA